CGAGUCUUCUCGGCCAUCAUCCACCAGGACAUACAGUUCUUUGACCUCACACACACGGGCGAGCUUAACAAUCGCUUGGCAUCAGACACCACGGUAGUGCAGACAGUUGUUACACAGAACAUCAGCAUGCUCACGCGCAACGUCGUGCAGAUCAUUGGUGCGUUGUUCAUCAUGUUCUACUACUCGUGGCGGUUGACGAGCGUCAUUCUCAGUGUGGUGCCUGUCAUCUGCAUUGGCGCAGUCGUAUACGGUCGUCAGGUGCGUGGACUGCGUAAACGCUUUCAGGACACUUUGGCUAAAGCGGCAAAGACAGCUGAAGAGAGUAUCAGCAGCGUAAGGACUGUGCGAGCCUUCGCCAACGAAGACAAGGCUUCGGACAAGUACAACGAAGACAUCACCGAUUCCUUCGGCAUUGGCGUAAAGACAGCCCUGGCGGCGGGAGGCUUCUUUGGCGCGGUUUCGUUCCUGUUCCAGGGUGCUAUAGUGCUGGUGUUGUGGUACGGAGGGACGCUAGUUCUCGACGGCCAUAUGACUACCGGCCUACUGACUACCUUCAUGCUGUACACCCUAACCACUGCGAUGUCCAUUGGUGUACUGUCGAGUGUUUAUGGUGACCUCAUGCAGGCGGUGGGCGCCAGUGAUCGGCUCUUUAAACUGCUCGAUACACUGCCACAGAUCGAACCUGAUUUUGACCCCACCCAGUCACCGCAAACAAAACGUAAACGCACUUCUUCGUCAGUGGUGACGUCCUACGGCGCACUCCGCACUCCGUCGCAGAGAGCCUCCGCAACAGCCGCACAGAACUUGCACAGCCAAUCAGCGCAGUCCCACGCACACGCCACUCAACGCUCAUAUGGAGAUGUAGAGGCACCAUCGACUGCGACUGUGUCUACAGCGCUCCGAAGUGCGCGGCCUGCACCUGCGACCAAAACUUUGGGACAGGGCUGGGGCCAAAUAUCGGUGCCGGUGAUGACGUCGACGCGACAACAACCUCACACGCGCAUCAGAGGCCACAUUGAGUUCCGUGACGUGUCCUUUGCGUAUCCUUCCAGGAGUGACGUCAUGGUCAUUGAUGACGUCUCUCUGACAGUGGCGCAAGGCAGUGUGGUAGCACUGGUUGGGCCGAGUGGCGGGGGUAAGUCCACCAUCAUCUCACUCCUAGAGCGCUUCUACGACCCUGUGCAAGGGCAAGUGCUUGUGGAUGGCGUAGACAUACGCACACACCACCCCCACGAAUACCGCAGACAACUGGCCUUGGUCGGGCAAGAGCCUGUGCUGUUUGCCACAACAAUCAAUGAGAACAUCGCGUAUGGCGUAGAGGGGGCGACGCAGGAAGAGGUCAUACAAGCAGCUAUGAAGGUAUGUGUUCUAUGA